CCUCAGAGUCAGUGACAAGAGAGAGAGAGAGAGAGAGCAGGUCUAGAAUGUUCUUCAGAGCAGACAUGCAGGCAGACGAGGGGACGGAGUGGCUCAUGGAGCUGCUCACAGACGUGCAGCUGCAGCAGUACUUCCUGCGGAUCCGAGACGAGCUUAACGUCACUCGACUCUCUCACUUUGACUACGUGAAGACCGAAGACCUGGAGAAGAUCGGAAUGGGGCGGCCAGGUCAGCGGCGUUUGUGGGAAGCAGUGAAGAGACGCAGAGCGAUGUGUAAACGCAAGUCGUGGAUGAAGGUGUUCACAGGUAAGCGACCGGAGACGGAGAAUCAGACGGGGGUGCCGUUCAGGGAUUCGUCGCCCUGCAGCAUUUCGUCUGAGACUCACGCUGAAUCCCAGCCGGCGGCUCUGACGUGUCUGAUCAGCGACCAAGAUCUAACGCUGCUGGAGAAACUCGGAGACGGAUCGUUCGGCGUGGUGAAGAAAGGGGAGUGGCAUGCUCCGUCUGGACGAGUGCUGAAUGUUGCUGUAAAGUGCCUGAAGACAGAUUUACUGGACCAGACAGAAGGUAUGGAUGAUUUCAUACGGGAAGUGAAUGCCAUGCACUCUCUGGACCAUCAGAACCUCAUCCGGCUCUACGGAGUCAUCCUCACACACCCCAUGAAGAUGGUGACAGAGCUGGCUCCACUUGGGUCUCUGUUGGACCGGUUGAGGAAGCGGCAGGGUCACAUCCUGAUCUCGGUGCUGUGCCGCUACGCCGUGCAGAUCGCCUGCGGGAUGGCGUAUCUCGAGUCGCGCCGCUUCAUCCACCGAGACCUGGCCGCUCGCAACAUCCUGCUCGCCUCCAACGACCUCGUCAAGAUCGGAGACUUCGGCCUGAUGAGGGCGCUGCCCAAGAACGACGAUCAUUACGUGAUGCAGGAGCACCACAAGGUUCCGUUCGCCUGGUGUGCUCCAGAGAGCCUGAAGACCAGGACCUUCUCUCACGCCAGCGAUACCUGGAUGUUUGGUGUGACGCUGUGGGAGAUGUUCAGUCACGGCCAGGAGCCAUGGCUCGGCCUCAACGGGAGCCAGAUCCUCCAUAAGAUCGAUAAGGAGGGCGAGAGGCUGGUCAAACCUGAGGACUGUCCUCAGGACAUCUACAACGUCAUGCUGCAGAGCUGGUCUCCCAAACCAGAUGACCGACCGACGUUCAUGGCUCUGAGAGACUUCCUCGUGGAGGCGAUGCCCACAGACAUGAGAGCUCUACAGGACUUCGAUGAACCAGACAAGCUGAAGAUUCACACCAACGACAUCAUCACUAUCAUCGAGGGCAGAGCGGAGAACUACUGGUGGCGAGGUCAGAACCGACAGACUUUAAAGAUGGGUCAGUUCCCUAGAAACGUGGUGACGUCUGUAGCCGGACUUUCUGCCCAUGACAUCAGCAGACCUCUGAAGCACAGCUUCAUCCACACUGGCCAUGGAGACACCGACCCUCACCGCAGCUGGGGCACUCCUGAUAAAAUUGAUGAUAUAUACCUGGGGAACCCCAUGGAUCCCCCUGAUGUCCUUGGGAUGGAUCCGAAUGCUGACAGACCCACUAAAUUACCAAACCGUGCCAAGAAGCAACCGCCACCUCGUCCUCCUCAGCCAGCUAUUCUCCUCAAGAGGCCUUUCUAUGACUCUGUGAUUGGUGGUGAUGAUGAUGAAGAAGACAAUGAUCUAAUAGUCACUGGAUUGAAAAAGCUCUCUCUGAAAGCACCAUCAUACCUCGGGUUACGCCUUCGUCCGUGGGAGAACUCAAACUCGGCCGAUCACCUUAGCGAGGUCUCGCUCAUUGACUUCGGAGACGAUAGCUUCAGCUCCACCUCUCCUUCCCCCAUUACAGAGACUCCUGGCUCCAUCUCCGCUCCUUCUGGAGUGUCCAUCCUGGAUUCUGGUCCUCCACCCAGCCCAUAUCGCAGUUUGCCGAACCCUCUCCACCCAACCCCCAUGGUGGACUGGGACUCCCGGCCGCUGCCUUCUCUCCCUGCGUAUGAUGAGGUGGCCUUGGAGUGUGAGGAGCAAGAGGACGUGGAGGUCAGCUCCAUAAACACUGUGAAGUCUGACAAUCCAGAACCGAAGAAUUAUGAGAAGGUUGAAAGCGAGUUAGAGCCCAAGUAUAAAGUGGAAGACAAUCUGUUUCUCCCAUCCAAACCUGCAGUGGAAAACCGCUCUACCUCACAGUCAGCUGACAUUUUCAAGGAGUUACAGAGGGAGGUCAUGGCAAAGUUGCGUGUACCAGCAACGGCGCAGUCGAUGCCCUCUUCACCCCUCCUACCACACCGCCAGAUCAUCCUGCCAUCCGGCGAGGACAAGCCUCAGAUUCCACCCAGGAUCCCUGUCCCGCCAACACGGCCUUCCAGGAGGACCCGUGCCAGGCUUUCUGUUUCUCUGGGUGAUGAUGAGGAUAGACCUCAGCCUCCACAGAUCCCUCCAAGAGACCAUGCCAUCUCCCAGCCCAGUUCGCGAUCCCCUAGUCCCAUGAUCUCCACUCAACAGAGACCAAUUCUUUGCUGUGUCGGUUCUCUAGGGUCCUGCCUCUCCCCUUCAUCGUACUCCUAUGCUCCAUCUACUACCCCUUCAAAGCUCACACUCAGCCCCAGUCGAGCUAAAUACAAUUCCCAUAAUGCCACGUCCUCCACCAGUGUAGACCAGACACGAGCCAAGAGCCCCAUGAUGGUCAUGAAUGACACCACCAAGGCUGGCAGCACUCACUACUACCUGCUUCCUGACAGAUAUGACAAGUCUGUGAAAGAUCCGGAGCAAAACAAGGAGCGACGGACCAACAUGGCGACCGUUAGACCUAUGGUGCAGCAGCAGAUCAUCAAGCCCAAUCUCACCCCCAACCCGAGCAGCAGCUCUCAGAGCUCCUCAGGUCUCAACACUUACAGCAGCGUGAAACAGGUACAGGAGGCGGUCCAUGGAGUGACGGUAGAGGAAUGUCAGACAGCGCUCCAGAGUCAUGGCUGGAACAUCCAGAAGGCUAUAGAGUACCUCAAGGUGGAGCAGCUCUUCCGUCUGGGUCUGAGGACUCGGCCCGAAUGUGUGGAAGUUCUCCAGAGGUGCAGAUGGAACCUGGAGCAGGCGAGCACCCAGAUGCUGGACUCGUAUGGACCCUCCAGACAAAGUCUUUCAGAGAUGGAACUACUUUUCCAGAGUGAGGAAUGUGGGAGUUGGUGUGUCUGAUGGUGUAUGGAUUCCACAAAACCUUCAGGAAAGUGUAAAGAAACUGGAACUACUUCUUACUGCGGUGCUGUUGGAAAGUUGGAUAAAAGUCCAUGGAGGACGGAUUUGUGAAGAAUGUCUCUCACAUCUGUUUUAUCCUCACAUGCAUAUAAUAGAAAGAGAGUUUACCAUUAAUAAAGAUUUUAUCGCUUUUAUGCAGACACUGAAUUUUAAUGAAAAAUAAUGUAAAUUUAAUAAGGUUAUCUGAUUUAUUAUUUAAUCUUUUUGUUUCAGCAAAAGUCUGUUCUCCUCUAGAUGUUGCUAAAAUAUAAAAUGUAAAUUUACAUGACUAUUUAUGUAACUGUGUGCAUGUGCGUGUGUGUG